AUGAUGGUGUUGGCAUCAUUUCGAUUGAACAUUGCGAUGCUCUUUUUCCUCUUUGCUGAGAUUUCGGCAUGGCGCUCAGUGAUUAUACCUGAAGAUAAUCCCCAGGCAUGCAAUUGGGACAUUCGGAUGUGUGUCGAUGGAACGUGGGUUUAUCGUGCUGCAGACCGUCAUUGUGAUUUCGAAGAGUGUGUGAUAAAGGCUCCACUUGACAAACGCCUACGCAGUGACGAAACUUCGACUAAUUGA